AGCAUCAGUAACAUCUGAGAAUUUAUUAGAAAUGCUAAUUCUUGGGCCCUACCCGAAACCUGCUAAAUCAGAAAUUGAGAGUUGGGCAUGGUAAUCUGUAUCUUAACAAGCCCUCUAGGUUAUUCUGAUACACACUCAAGUUUGAGAACUGCUGCUCUGCACUAAUAAUUCUCAGCCACAGUUGUAUAUAAGAAUCACCCGCCCAGGUGUGAUUCUGUCCUGCGCGGCUGUUCUCUUGAGCUGGGGUCGUUUAUCUCUGUCCACCUUCUCUCCCACCUAAGUGCAUGUAGCCACCUGAUGGAAGAUUCAAUGGACAUGGACAUGAGCCCCCUGAGGCCCCAGAACUAUCUUUUCAGUUGUGAACUAAAGGCCAAUAAAGAUGAUCACUUUAAGGUGGAUAAUGAUGAAAAUGAGCACCAGUUAUCUUUAAGAACGGUCAGUUUAGGGACUGGUGCAAAGGUUGAACUGCACAUUGUUGAAGAAGAGGCAAUGAAUUACAAAGGCAGUCCAAUUAAAGUAACACUGGCAACUUUGAAAAUGUCUGUACAGCCAAAGCUUUCCCUUGGGGGCUUUGAAAUAACACCAACAGCGCUCUUACAGUUGAAGUGUGAUUCAGGGCCAGUGCAUAUUAGUGGACAGCACUUAGUAGCUGUGGAGGAAGAUGCAGAGUCAGAAGAUGAAGAGGAGGAGAAUGUGAAACUCUUAAGUAUAUCUGGAAAGCAGUUGGUCCCUGGAAGUGGUAGCAAGUUUCCACAGAAAAAGGUAAAACUUGCUGCUGAUGAAGAUGAUGAUGAUGAUGAUUUUGAUGAUAAGGAAACUGAAGAAAAAGCACCAGUGAAGAAAUCUAUACAAGGUACUACAGCCAAAAAUGCACACAAGUCAAAUCAGAAUGGAAAAGACUCAAAACCAUCAUCAACACCAAGAUCAAAAGGACAAGAAUCCUUCAAAAAACAGGAAAAAACUCCUAAAACACCAAAGGGACCUAGUUCUGUAGAAGACGUUAAAGCAAAAAUGCAAGCAAGCAUAGAAAAAGGUGGUUCUCUUCCCAAAGUGGAAGCCAAGUUCAUCAGUUAUGUGAAGAAUUGCUUCUGGGUGACUGACCAGGAGGCUAUUCAAGAUCUCUGGCAGUGGAGGAAAUCUCUUUAAGAAAAUAGUUUAAACAAUUUAUUAAAAAUUUUCCAUCUUAUUUCAUUUCCAUAACAGUUGAUAUCUGGCUGUCCUUUUUAUAAUGCAGAGUGAGAACUGUCCCUUCCGUGUUUGAUAAAUGUUGUCCAGGUUCCAUUGCGAAGAAUGUGUUGUCCAACAUGUCUGUUUAGUUUUUAAAGAUGGAACUCCACCCUUUCUUGGUUUUAAGUAUGUAUGGAAUGUUAUGAUAUGACAUAGUAGUAGCGGUGGUCAGACAUGGAAAUGGUGGGGAGACAGAAAUAUACAUGUGAAAUAAAACUCAGUAUUUUAAUAAUAAAAAAAAAGAAUCACCCAAGGGCUUCUUAAAAUGUUUUUCUGAUCUUAAGCCCCACCUCAAAGAA